AGUCAAGAAGUACAUAAAAUCUAAAUCAGCAGUCAGCAUCAUGGCCACACCACAAGAAUAUCACCCUCUCCUACCGGAAGUAGUUGGUGAUCAUGAGGGACCUCUGGGGUCCGCCGAGGUGGAAGAGAUCCUGGGGCGAAAGUCAGUGGGAGCGCGGCGGUACGUCCGGCUCUUCGGCUGGGAAUCGAAGCUGCUGUGGAUCCUGUCGGGGUCCUCCAUCGUCGUCUCCAUUUGCAACUACAUGCUCAGUUUCGUGACGCUCUCGUUUGCGGGUCAUUUGAGUGCGCUGGAGCUGGCUGGUGCGUCCAUUGCUAUGGUGGGAGCUCAAGGACUUUCUUAUGGGAUCAUGUUGGGAAUGGCUAGUGCUGUGCAAACUGUUUGCGGCCAAGCAUACGGGGCAAAACAAUAUGGGACAAUGGGCAUUAUUUGCCAGAGGGCAAUAAUCUUGCAUUUGGGAGCAGCUAUUCUCCUCACAUUUCUCUACGUCUACUUCGGGGAAGUCCUAAAACUAAUUGGGCAAGCAGAAGACAUAGCUGCGAAAGGCCAAAUCUUUGUGCGAGGAAUGAUUCCUCAACUCUAUGCAUUUGCCAUAAGUUGCCCCCUUCAGAGGUUCCUUCAAGCACAGAAUAUCGUAAACCCUCUGGCAUACAUGUCCUUCUCUGUGUUCCUUGUUCAUAUUUUUCUCAGUUGGCUAGUAGUUGUCUACUUGGACUAUGGACUCCUUGGAGCAGCUCUUACACUUAGCCUCUCUUGGUGGUUUUUGGUCGUACUGCAAGGACUUUACAUUCUUUUGAGCCCCUCUUGCAAGAAUACUUGGACGGGCUUCUCGGUUAGAGCAGUUCAUGGGAUUUGGCCUUACUUCAAGCUAACUUUUGCUUCUGCGGUUAUGUUGUGUCUAGAGAUAUGGUACGUCCAAGGGCUAGUUCUGGUGUCAGGAUUGCUUCCCAACCCCACCAUCGCGCUAGACUCACUUUCCAUCAGUUUGAAUUACUGGACUUGGGACCUUGAGUUCAUGCUGGGGUUGAGUGCUGCAGUGAGCGUUCGAGUAAGUAAUGAGGUUGGAGCAGGCCAUCCAAUGGUAGCAAAAUUUUCGGUGAUUGUAGUCAACAUGACAACCAUUCUCAUCAGUGCAUUUUUUAGUGCAAUUGUUCUGGUUUUCCGGGUUGGGUUAAGCAAACUCUUUACAAGUGAUGAGGAGGUUAUCGCGGCUGUGUCUAGUUUGACUCCAUUGCUUGCCAUAUCUGUCUUCUUGAACGGUGUUCAACCUAUUCUUUCUGGUGUGGCCAUUGGGAGUGGAUGGCAAGGCGUCGUAGCUUAUGUUAAUCUAACGACUUAUUAUAUUAUUGGUCUGCCUAUUGGAUGUGUUCUUGGCUUCAAAACUAGUUUAGGAGCUGCAGGGAUCUGGUGGGGAAUGAUUCUAGGAGUCAUCCUACAAACAGCUACUCUAAUUUUCAUAACCGCCAGAACAAACUGGAAUGCAGAGGCUGUCAAAGCUAUUGACCGCUUAAAGACGGCUGCAAAAAGCUCGACGUUAGAACGCUUGGUCAGCGUAUGACGAAGGAUUUUCUUCCCGCAAUUUCGGGUGGAGUUUUAUCCUUUGUUGCUUGCGGGAUUUUGUUUUGCGCUUUCGCCGUGUUCCUCUCCCCUGCAUAUCUUUGUGUCCCAUUUUUUCCCCUCUGUAUUAGAUUUCUCUUUUGGGUCCUAUGGAAGAAUGAGGUUUUGAUCCUUGCAGUUUAUUGUAAAGUGCAGCCAAAUAUUAUACAAAGAAGAAGUUCCUUUUUGGCUCU